CAAAAGAAAGGGAGAAGGCGAAGGCCCGGGGUGAUUUCCAGAAACUGCGGGAGAAGCAGCAGCUGGAAGAGGACCUGAAGGGCUACUUGGAUUGGAUCACCCAGGCGGAAGACAUUGAUCCCGAGAAUGAGGAGGAAGGAGGAGAGGAAAGCAAGCGAAAUACCAGCAUGCCAACCAGCGAGACGGAAUCUGUGAACACGGAGAACGUAAGUGGCGAAGGCGAGAACCAAGGAUGCUGGGGAACUCUCUGGUGCUGGUGGAAAAGAAGCGACGCGGCCCAGGCCGGGCCCUCUGGGUGCCUGCGGUGGGGUCAAGCCAUCUCAAAAUCCAAGCUCAGCCGCCGCUGGCGUCGCUGGAACCGAUUCAGUCGCAGACGAUGUAGGGCCGCCGUGAAGUCUGUCACGUUUUACUGGCUGGUUAUUGUCCUGGUGUUUCUCAACACCUUAACCAUUUCCUCCGAGCACUACAACCAGCCUGACUGGCUGACACAGGUCCAAGAUAUCGCGAACAAAGUCCUCCUGGCGCUGUUCACCUGCGAGAUGCUGGUGAAGAUGUACAGCCUGGGUCUCCAGGCGUACUUCGUCUCCCUCUUUAAUCGCUUUGACUGCUUCGUGGUGUGUGGGGGCAUCACGGAAACCAUCUUGGUGGAGCUGGAAAUCAUGUCUCCCCUGGGCAUCUCCGUGUUCCGCUGUGUGCGCCUCUUACGGAUUUUCAAAGUGACCAGGCACUGGACAUCCCUGAGCAACUUGGUGGCAUCCUUGUUAAACUCCAUGAAGUCCAUCGCUUCGCUGUUGCUCCUGCUCUUCCUCUUCAUCAUCAUCUUCUCCUUGCUCGGGAUGCAGCUGUUCGGAGGCAAGUUUAAUUUCGACGAGUCGCAGACCAAGCGGAGCACCUUUGACAAUUUCCCGCAGGCGCUUCUCACGGUGUUCCAGAUUCUGACAGGCGAAGACUGGAAUGCUGUGAUGUAUGACGGCAUCAUGGCGUACGGGGGCCCGUCAUCUUCAGGGAUGAUCGUCUGCAUCUACUUCAUCAUCCUCUUCAUUUGUGGGAACUAUAUCCUACUGAAUGUCUUCCUGGCCAUCGCUGUAGACAAUUUGGCUGAUGCUGAAAGUUUGAAUACUGCUCAGAAAGAGGAAGCUGAAGAAAAGGAAAGGAAAAAGAUUGCCAGAAAAGAAAGCCUGGAAAAUAAAAAGAACCACAAGCCAGAAGUCAAUCAGAUAGCCAACAGUGACAACAAGGUCAUAAUUGAUGAGUACCAAGAAGAGGAUGAGGACAAGGACCCCUACCCACCCUGCGAUGUGCCAGUAGGGGAAGAGGAAGAGGAGGAGGAGGAGGAGGAUGAACCCGAGGUCCCAGCUGGCCCCCGUCCUCGCAGAAUCUCGGAGCUGAACAUGAAAGAGAAAAUCGUCCCCAUUCCGGAAGGGAGCGCUUUCUUCAUUCUUAGCAAGACCAACCCCAUCCGCGUGGGCUGCCACAAGCUCAUCAACCACCACGUCUUCACCAACCUCAUCCUCGUCUUCAUCAUGCUGAGCAGCGCGUCCCUGGCCGCCGAGGACCCCAUCCGCAGCCACUCCUUCAGGAACAUUAUACUGGGUUACUUUGACUAUGCUUUCACAGCCAUCUUUACUGUUGAAAUCCUGUUAAAGAUGACGACCUUUGGAGCGUUCCUCCACAAAGGGGCCUUCUGCCGGAACUACUUCAACUUGCUGGACAUGCUGGUCGUCGGGGUGUCUCUGGUGUCCUUUGGGAUCCAAUCCAGUGCCAUCUCGGUGGUGAAGAUUCUCAGGGUCUUAAGGGUCCUGAGGCCGCUCAGGGCCAUCAACAGAGCAAAAGGACUUAAGCACGUCGUCCAGUGCGUCUUUGUGGCCAUCCGGACAAUCGGCAACAUCAUGAUCGUCACCACCCUUCUGCAGUUCAUGUUUGCCUGCAUCGGGGUCCAGUUGUUCAAGGUACAGGGUGCCUUGGGGCAUGAGGCCCAGAUGAUCUCUUCAGGGGCAAGCUUGCCUUUGACUCUGUGUCUGUUUUGUACUCAGGGAAAGUUCUAUCGCUGCACAGAUGAAGCCAAAAGUAACCCUGAGGAAUGCAGGGGGCUUUUCAUCCUCUACAAGGACGGGGAGAUUGAUAACCCUGUGGUCCAUGAGAGGCUCUGGCAAAAUAGCGAUUUCAAUUUUGACAAUGUCCUUUCUGCUAUGAUGGCGCUGUUCACGGUCUCCACGUUCGAGGGCUGGCCUGAGUUGCUGUACAAAGCCAUCGACUCGAACGGAGAGAACGUGGGCCCGAUCUACAACUACCGCGUAGAGAUCUCCAUCUUCUUCAUCAUCUACAUCAUCAUCGUCGCUUUCUUCAUGAUGAACAUCUUCGUGGGUUUCGUCAUUGUCACGUUCCAGGAGCAGGGAGAAAAAGAGUAUAAGAACUGUGAGCUGGACAAAAAUCAGCGUCAGUGUGUUGAAUACGCCUUGAAAGCACGCCCCGUGCGGAGAUACAUCCCCAAAAACCCCUACCAGUACAAGUUCUGGUACGUGGUGAACUCCUCGCCUUUCGAAUACAUGAUGUUUGUCCUCAUCAUGCUCAACACACUCUGCUUGGCCAUGCAGCACUAUGAGCAGUCCAAGAUGUUUAAUGACGCCAUGGACAUCCUGAACAUGGUCUUCACUGGGGUGUUCACUGUCGAGAUGGUUUUGAAGGUCAUUGCGUUUAAGCCUAAGGGGUAUUUUAGUGACGCCUGGAAUACGUUUGACUCCCUCAUCGUAAUCGGCAGCAUUAUAGACGUGGCCCUCAGCGAAGCUGACCCAACUGAGAGUGAAAAUAUCCCUGUCCCAACUGCUCCGCCCGGGAACUCUGAAGAGAGCAAUAGAAUCUCCAUCACCUUUUUCCGUCUUUUCCGAGUGAUGCGAUUGGUGAAGCUUCUCAGCAGGGGGGAAGGCAUCCGGACGCUGCUGUGGACCUUCAUUAAGUCCUUUCAGGCGCUCCCGUAUGUCGCCCUCCUCAUAGCCAUGCUGUUCUUCAUCUACGCGGUCAUCGGCAUGCAGAUGUUUGGGAAAGUUGCCAUGAGAGACAACAACCAGAUCAACAGGAACAACAAUUUCCAGACCUUUCCCCAGGCGGUGCUGCUGCUCUUCAGGUGUGCGACCGGCGAGGCCUGGCAGGAGAUCAUGCUGGCCUGCCUCCCGGGGAAGCUCUGUGACCCCGAGUCGGAUUACAACCCCGGGGAGGAGUACUCCUGUGGGAGCAACUUCGCCAUCGUGUACUUCAUCAGCUUUUACAUGCUCUGCGCCUUCCUGAUCAUCAACCUGUUUGUGGCUGUCAUCAUGGACAACUUUGAUUAUCUGACCCGGGACUGGUCCAUUCUGGGACCUCACCAUUUAGACGAAUUCAAAAGAAUAUGGUCAGAAUAUGACCCCGAGGCCAAGGGGAGGAUCAAGCAUCUGGACGUGGUCACCCUGCUGCGCCGCAUCCAGCCGCCCCUGGGGUUUGGGAAGCUGUGCCCACACAGAGUAGCCUGUAAGAGACUAGUUGCCAUGAACAUGCCUCUCAACAGUGAUGGGACAGUCAUGUUUAAUGCAACCCUGUUUGCUUUGGUCCGCACAGCUCUUAAGAUCAAGACGGAAGGGAACCUGGAACAAGCUAACGAAGAGCUGCGAGCUGUGAUAAAGAAAAUCUGGAAGAAAACCAGCAUGAAGCUGCUUGACCAAGUUGUCCCUCCAGCUGGUGAUGAUGAGGUAACCGUGGGGAAGUUCUAUGCCACUUUCCUGAUACAGGACUACUUUAGGAAAUUCAAGAAACGGAAAGAACAAGGACUGGUGGGAAAAUACCCUGCGAAGAACACCACAAUUGCCCUACAGGCGGGGUUAAGGACACUGCACGACAUCGGGCCAGAGAUCCGGCGGGCUAUAUCGUGUGAUCUGCAAGAUGAUGAGCCCGAGGAAACGAAAGGAGAAGAAGAAGAUGUAGUCAAAAGAAAUGGUGCCCUGCUUGGAAACCAUGUCAAUCAUGUUAAUAGUGAUAGGAGGGAUUCCCUUCAGCAGACCAAUACCACCCACCGUCCCCUGCAUGUCCAAAGGCCUUCAGUUCCACCUGCAAGUGAUACUGAGAAACCGCUGUUUCCUCCAGCAGGAAAUUCGGUGUGUCAUAACCAUCAUAACCAUAAUUCCAUAGGAAAGCAAGUUCCCAGCUCAACCAAUGCCAAUCUCAAUAAUGCCAAUAUGUCCAAAGCUGCCCCCGGAAAGCAGCCCAGCAUUGGGAGCCUUGAGCAUGUGUCUGAAAAUGGGCAUGAUUCCUCCCACAAGCAUGACCAUGAGCCUCAAGGAAGGUCCAGUCGGAAAAGAGCCCGCUAUUAUGAAACUUACAUUAGGUCCGACUCAGGAGAUGAGCAGUUCCCCACUAUUUGCCGGGAAGACCCAGAGGUCCAGGGCUAUUUCAGGGACCCCCGCUGCUUGGGGGAGCCCGAAUACUUCAGCGGUGAGGAGGACUACGAGGAGGACAGCUCACCCGCCUCCAGCAGGCAAAACUACAGCUACUACAGCCGACACCCAGGCAGCAGCUUGGAUUUCGAGCGGCCCCGGGGCUACCACCACCCUCAAGGUUUCCUGGAAGACGACGACUCGCCCAUUUGCUAUGAUUCCCACAGAUCUCCGAGGAGACGCCUACUACCUCCCACCCCAACAUCGCAUCGGAGAUCCUCCUUCAACUUCGAGUGCCUGCGCCGGCAGAGCAGCCAGGAGGCCGUCCCGCCGUCCCCCACCUUUCCCCACCGCACAGCCCUGCCUCUGCACCUGAUGCAGCAACAGGUCAUGGCAGUCGCAGGCCUAGAUUCAAGCAGAGCCCAGAAGUACUCGCCGAGCCACUCGACCCGCUCGUGGGCCACCCCUCCGGCGACCCCUCCGUAUCGGGACUGGGCGCCGUGCUACACCCCCCUGAUCCAGGUGGAGCCCUCGGAGGCCCUGGACCAGGUCAACGGCAGCCUGCCCUCCCUGCACCGCAGCUCCUGGUACACGGACGAGCCUGGAAUCUCCUACCGGACUUUCACACCGGCCAGCCUGACCGUCCCCAGCAGCUUCCACAGCAAAAACAGCGACAAGCAGAGGAGCGCGGACAGCCUGGUGGAGGCCGUCCUGAUCUCCGAAGGCUUAGGACGCUAUGCAAGGGACCCAAAAUUUGUGUCGGCGACAAAACAUGAAAUUGCCGACGCCUGUGACCUAACCAUCGACGAGAUGGAGAGUGCAGCCAGCCACCUGCUGAAUGGGACCGUGCACCCCGGGGCUAACGGGGACGUGAGCCCCGACGCGAGCCGCCAGGACUACGAGCUCCAGGACUUCGGGCCAGGUUACAGUGACGAAGAGCCAGACCUGGGGAGGGAGGAGGAGGACCUAGCAGAUGAAAUGAUCUGCAUCACCACCCUGUAGCCCCCAGGCGGGGGGCGGGGACUAGCUCUGCCCUCAGGUGAGGUGCCCGAGGGCCAGGGAAAAAGUGCCUCAUAGUUAGGAAAGUUUAGGCACUAGUGUGAAGUCCGUGUUUAAUUAGACUUUUGUGCAGGUGAUGUCAUGCCUCAAGGAAGCCAUAAACCUGUAGGGAACAGCUGUGCUCAGAGCUGAGCCCCAGCUGCGGGGACAGCAGGUCCCGCCCACGCACGGAGGACGGGCGCCGGGCAAGCCUGCCCUCUUGUUCACAGCCCAUGCGGGGCACUUGCCCACGCCCACCGCCCACAGGCACGGUGGGGAAGGUUAAAGGUGAUGACGAUCACCGUACCUGUGUCAUUACCUCAGCCAUCGGUCUAGCAUAUCAGACAUUCACUGGGCCCAGCAUCUCCCUCCCAGACACCCUGCUUCCUGGCUCCUGUUCUGAAACACAGUCAGUCAGGGCUACCCACCAGCCGUCCUCCGCAGAGGGAAGCAGGACCUCCCAGGCAAGGUUUUCUGUCCCGUGACACCAGUUUGCACGGGAGCGCACCGCGCAGAUGGUCGGUUUCUGACUGUCAGGCCAAGGGCAGCCGUAAACUGGAAUCCUAAUGCACUCGCAGCCAGGUCAACUUAGAUACGCUAGUUUGUUUAAAACCUAGACUUACUGUACAUGACUUGUAAUAUACGAUCAUUUGUAUUUGUAAAGAGAUGGUCUAUAUUUUGUAAUUAUUGUAUCGUAUUUGAACUGCAGCAAUAUCCAUGGGUCCUAAUAAUUGUAGUUCCCCCCACUGAAAUCUAGAAAUCAUUGGUAUUUUUACUCAGACUACACGGAAGUAGGAGAAAUUGAGCCAAUUCUCAUUUAUUCAGUGAAAAAUCUUUUGGGGGGUGAAAUGUUAAGUUCAGAAGAACUUGACACUAUAUAGAUUUUUCUAAAGUAUUUUGAGUCCCUAGAAGCUACACCCGAUGACUCUUGGCGGUCUUCUCCCUGGGCAAGAGUGCUGGGACUGGAGAGGGUGCCUUCUGCUCCACCAGGGGCGGUGUUCCUUUCACCCCUUCCCCGUUAGUGCAGGACAAGACCGACCCCGUGGCUUUCCUCGUGGUGGGUUUGCUCACCUGGCCACACAGAACGCUCUUACAGGUGAACGAAGUCCCUCUGCUCGUGUCCCCUGGGAAAGGGGAGGCUGCUUGUCUUAGGAAAUACUAGUAAGGAAUGCUGGGGGUGGGGGGUGAAGGAAGCAAAGUGACGCGAUCCUCAGAGGGUUAGAAGAUCGGGGUCUGGACAAAUAGUAUCGUUGCCUUUUUACAAAACAUUGCUGUACUGUGUGUUCUCUCCGAGGGCUUUUAUAUGCAACUGAAUGAGGGCUGACGUUUUCACUAGAAUGCACUCCCACUGCGAUUGUACUUCCCGAGAAAACCCACUUUGGGAUCGCUAGACCCGUCAAGGCUUCCUUUUCUGUUCACGGAAUAAUGCUGACUUUGUCGAGUUACCUUGGCAAGGAUUCUCUGCAGUCAAAAACAAAACAAAACAAACAGGUAGCAAUUUGGGGGUUCAAAAUUUUUAAAUAUUAAAUAGACAUCCUGUUAAUGUGGAUUUUCUUUUUUUGUAAAUAACAAUACUUUGUUAUAAAGACCUUACAAACCUCUUCUUAAGACAUUCUUACUCCAGAUCCAGGCAAAAAACUCUUCAAGGUUUGUAAAUGAUUAUUUCUUGACGUAAAUCCUUUUUUUAUUAAAUGUAAAAUGUUCUUCAGAAGAAAAUUGCGUAAUAAUUUUAUUGUAUUUGGGAGCUCUCCUUGCAAAGAGCUGGCGUUUGCCAGUGAGAGCUUGAAAGGGGCGGGCACUCUGUGGGGGCAGUUCUGUAAUU